UUAAAGUCAACAAAGUUUGCCCAUCAAAAUAAAGAAAAACAUAUAGCUAAACAUUACUGGUUAAAAGCAAAACCACUGACCAUAAAAUUCACCAACUUCCAACUCCCCUUUUUAAUCAGCAAAUUGUGAACAAGGUUUUCUAUAUCGUGUCUUACCUUACUUGUCGAAACCAACCCAAUGUUUGUUGUCACUUUCAAUGUCUCUCUUUCACUCCUUUUUCUGUUAAAUGACCAGCUUUUCUUUGUUUCCCUUUAUUUAUCAAAUCCCCCAUAGUCAAAUUUUACAACCCAACAUGUUAUUAUACCUUUGAUGAUGAUGAUAAAUGGAUCUUCUUGUUUCCUUGUUAUGUCUGCUUCACCAUCUUCAAGUUUCAACAUACACCUUGUUGGGAACUCAGCCUAUUUUAACUCACUGUGUUUGGUAGUUUCAACAUACACCUUGUUGGGAACUCAGCCUAUUUUAACUCACUGUGUUUGGUAGGAUCAGCUGAGAGUAUCUACACAGCUUACAAGAUCUUGAAUUGGUAUCUGGUGUUUUCCCAUGAAUUGUAGGUAUUUGUUUGAUUGUUUCAAAGGAAAGCAUCGCCAAGAACAGAUACAAGGUCAAGAGUUUGCCACUGCCAAUGUAAGGCUCUUUUCAUAUAAUUCAUUGAGAUCAGCAACAUCAGAUUUUCAUCCAUCAAACAGAAUAGGUGGAGGUGGCUAUGGAGUUGUUUAUAGGGGAGUUUUGAGAGAUGGCACUCAGGUAGCCAUCAAGACACUGUCUGCAGAGUCCAAACAAGGAUCUCGCGAGUUUGUGACAGAGAUCGAUAUGAUAUCGAACAUUCGACAUCCGAACCUUGUCGAACUAAUCGGCUGUUGUGUUGACGACAAUCAUCGGAUCUUGGUCUAUGAAUACCUAGAAAAUAACAGCCUUGCUAGUGUUUUACUUGGUUCAAGAAGUAAAUAUAUAGCUCUGGAUUGGCCUAAAAGAGCAGCCAUUUGCUUAGGUACAGCUUCUGGUAUUGCAUUUCUUCAUUAUGAAGCUGUACCUCGUAUUGUCCACAGGGAUAUUAAAGCUAGUAAUAUACUUCUUGAUGGGGAUUUUCAUCCUAAAAUUGGUGAUUUUGGGCUAGCCAAGCUUUUCCCAGACAAUGUCACUCAUCUAAGUACUCGAGUUGCUGGAACAGUUGGAUAUUUGGCCCCAGAAUAUGCCCUUUUGGGACAAUUAACCAAGAAGGCAGAUGUAUACAGCUUUGGGGUUCUCAUACUUGAAAUAGUCAGUGGAAAAAGCAGUACUAAGGCUGCAUUUGGAGUGGAAUUGAUGCUUCUUGUUGAAUGGACAUGGAAACUCAAACAAGAAGAAAGGCUUUUAGACAUUGUUGAUCCAGAACUAACUGAAUAUCCAGAAGAUGAAGUGCUGCGGUUCAUCAAGGUCGCCUUGUUUUGCACCCAAGCAUCUGCACAUCAAAGACCCACAAUGAAUCAAGUGGUGCAUAUGCUAUCCAAAGACGUGCACCUCAACGAUAAGCUGCUAACCGAGGCCGGUGUUUAUAAAGGGUAUCGCCGUACAUCGUCGGAGUUAACAUCGUCGUCUUUGAAGACUAAAGGCAAACAAUCAAUGGAACCUUCUUCUUCUACUAACAUUGUUAGCUCUCAUAGUAUAACAGAAAUGCUUCCUAGGUGAUGAUCAUGUAGUUCACUAUUACGAGUUGGGUCAAAGGCAGAACUCUUUCAAGAGUUAUUUUCUUUACCCACAAGACUCGAGGUUAAAAUCUUGCUUCAGUAACAUCGACCUCUUUACCGUCCCACUGACCCAUUUGGUUUUUAUUACAAAGAGAGUGGGUAAAAGCCAGAAGCUCAAAGGCUGUAGCACCCCAUUUGUGAUUUGUGUAAUUAUUUUUGAAAUUAGUGUAUCCAAAAUUGAUCAUUCACAAUA